UGCGCGGUGGGUUGCGGAAUUCCACCUCCGGAGUUCCGCCCCCGACUCCCUCGUCUCCAAGAUCCUUAAGGUCCUUAAUCUCUCUGGCGCCGAUCCCAACCUUAAGAAAACCCUACUCCUCCGCACCCUCCGAUCCCAACUCUGCAAUGCCUCAAUCACCGAAACCGCUCUCGAGAUACUGGAGCAAAUCGAAGCGAUUGACCGAAACGACGCCGUUCCGAUUAUCGAUUCCAUGCGCAGGGCCUACUGCGCCGUCGCCGUCGAGUGCACCGUCAAGUACCUCGCCGCCUCCUACGACGGCACCACCAGCGGUAAGUACUUAUCCGCGGUGACGCGUAUCUGGCGCGGCCGCGUGGAGGAGUUGGAGCAGGGCCAGAGCGAGCUGUUCUUCGACGAGACUGCGCGAUGGAGGGACGACAUUGAGGCCGCACUUUUUGACACUAGGGUUUCUGAUAGGUUGAAGGAGUUGAAUACCCGAAACGACGCGUUUACUGAAGUUAGGUUUUAUCUGCAGGAAGUGUGGGAAACAAUGGGUCCUUCUUUUCUUGAAUCGGUAGCAGAAAUGACAAAGAACAAGGGAAAGACGAAGGGUAAGGGGAAAGGAUUGCCGAAUGUGAUUUUGAAUCCGGCGCCGGUGACUAUAGUGCCAGGGUAUACUACAGGUGUUUGCAGAAAUGCCUCUGGUGCUGAACAGGCAAGGGAUCAUGGUGUUGAUGACAAUGGUGACGGAGGCAAUGAUGGUUCACGUUGCAUGGACGGUGUGGAGGUGAAGAGAGCUGAAGGUUCUGUUGAUGGAACCCAGGAGCAUGCAAAGAAGAAGAAAGCAAGAGGCAAUCCUCAACUUAAACGCAAGCCGCCUGCAUUUCGUAGAUGCAGUAGAGGAGUUAAAAUGUCUAGUGCUGAGGAAUUGGGGACAGAAAGGUCAUGGAGAAAAAAUGAUACUGUGCUAAGUGGAGAAGUUAAAACGGCCCGAGAAUCUCUUAAAUCAAGUUCUUCGGAGCUACGGGCAUUGGUCAAUGAUCCUCUUCUUGAGGCAUUGGAUAUACCUGACGCUGUUAGAUCUAAACUUGCACGGAAAGGUACAAAUCAUGAACAGCCAAUGGAAAACCAUAGUGGAGAUGUAGAUGUACGAAACUCAAAUACUUGCAGUACUAUUAGUCCUUAUCAACCUAAUGAUGCCGAGCACAAGAAGUCGCCUUCUGUUGAGCCGAACAAAACUGCUCAUAAAAGACCCAAUUUGAUGGAGCCGAGUGGUACUUCUCAAACUUAUGAGUGGAAUGAUUCAAUAGAAAACAUGCCCAAUGGAAUGCAGCCAAGAAGGAAGAAAAGGAAGAAUAGAAAAUGGUCUUCAUUAGAAGAGGAGACACUAAGGACUGGUGUACAAAUGUUUGGUGCAGGAAAUUGGAAAACAAUUCGAAGUUUUUACAGUGAUGUAUUUGAACAUAGACUAUCAGUUGAUUUGAAGGACAAGUGGAGAAACAUGAUGCGGUAGUGAUGGACAUGUGUAUAUCUUAGGGAGGUUCUUACUUCUAUGGAUGCAACCAAGUUUUUUUGAAGAGGGAUCUAUGACCUAAGUACCAACUUUGCUGCCAAUACACUUCAGUUUUAUACCUGGCUUUAAGAGCUCAUUACAUAAAUCCAAGAUUAUUUGGGAAGCUUGAGACAGAAGGAAAUGCUGCCAAUUUUGUUGCAAUUGAUUAGUACUAUGUAUAGAGAUAUAGUUAGAUGGUGCGUUUCGUCUUCUGGAUAUCCUUUGCAUUCAGUGUAAAUCUUAGAUCUUUUAAUUAAGUGUAUUUUGUGUUGGUAGUAGGUAGAUAGGGUAAUAGUGUAUUACUCCAAAUAUUGCAUUAUUACUACUCACUAGCAAGUGCAACUCGCUACCCUUUAUCUUUAACUGACUAAUAUAAUUUAAUUUUCUGA